AUUUGUGAUUUUGGCCUGGCUCGUGUGGCUGAUCCAGAUCACGAUCACACUGGACUUCUAACAGAAUAUGUUGCUACCAGGUGGUACCGUGCACCAGAGAUCAUGUUGAACAGUAAAGGCUAUACAAAAUCAAUUGACAUCUGGGCUGUUGGAUGCAUCUUAGGAGAAAUGUUAUCAAAUAAACCUAUCUUCCCUGGAAAACAUUACUUGGAUCAGUUAAACCUAAUUCUUGGGAUUCUUGGUUCCCCAUCUCAAGAAGAUUUCAGUUGCAUAAUCAACGAAAAGGCUAGGAGCUACCUCCAGUCACUUCCACCUAAACCCAAAAUUCCAUGGGAAAAACUGUAUUCAGGAGCCAAUCCUCAAGCUAUAGAUCUUCUGGACAGGCUGUUGACUUUUAACCCCCAAAAGAGAAUUACUUUAGAAGAGGCACUUGCCCAUCCUUAUCUUCAGCAGUAUUAUGACCCUGAUGAUGAGCCCGUAGCUGAAAAACCAUUCCGAUUUGAAAUGGAGCUUGACGACCUGCCAAAGGAAAGACUCAAGGAAUUGAUAUUUGAGGAGACGGUGUUGUUUAAACAGAAUCUUCAGCAGUAAGUGCAGGAUUUUGUUUAACAGUGUCAGAAGAUUGUAUAAUCAUCUUUCUUUGUCUAACAAUGAAGCAGUUUGCCAGAUUUUUGAGUCAACUUUUCAAUACCCUAUCACCUGCUGUUGUGAUGAGGUAUUCACAAGACAAACACUGUCUCCGCCUGUAUUCUGACUCCUCUUACUGACCUUGCAUAAUUAUAUUAAUGUUACGAUGUAGUUCGUUUCUUUUUUUUAUCCCUAUUUACCACACUGGUGUGGCAUUGUUAACAGGGAACAUAUACUGGUCAAGAAUAAAGAUACCUAAUUGAAGUUCAAAUUGAGUACGUUAAGUGCUUUUUUUUUUGUUUAGUAUAUACCGAAAACUUGUUAGGUGCGAUGUUGAAGGAACUAUUUUGAUAUUAGGUAUUUUACAUCUUAAUAUUGAAUUCUCAAGAGGUUUUUUAGUAAUAGUUUGAAACUUAAAUUGGGCAUCCUUUUUAAUCGACCACAGUUUGAAAUGUAGAGGUAACGUGAACAUCUGUUUAAUUGUUUCUCACUAUAACUCAUGGUACUACUGGUAAGAUUCACAUUUUACUUCCAUGCUUGUCGUCAUUUUCCAGUAUAUAAGAGCUAGUUUCUAGUGUUAAACUUAUUGGUCAGUUCGUCAAUGGGUCACGUUAAUAUCAAGAUGGUCACGUUACACGUUGAGUUUUAUGAAUGACAGUUCGUUUACUUCUUUGAUCUGUGCGUUUCUAAGAAUUAAAAUUUUGAAGAUGUUACAAAUCGUAACAAUGAACAAUUGAUUCGCUAUCGUUUUUUUUAUAUUUAUACGUAACUUAAAAAAAUAAAAAAAAAACAAUCUUUUCAAAUAAAUGUAUUAUAAUGUCACUUAAAUCUAAAAUAUAAAAAGUUUAACUGUAUGUUCAAUGUAAAAGUUAAUAACAUCUGUCCAGUACUUGGGAAAAAAAUAUAUAUAUAUAUAUGUAUGUAUAAAUAUAUGUACAAUAUAUUUAAAUUAGAAUUUAGGACAUUACCUGAUUAAAAAUGAUAAUUAAAUAUAGUUCUGUGAGAAUUUUCUGAGACAGGGUGACUUAUAAAUAUUCCAGAAUAAAAACCAGAGAAACAAGAUUCAAGAAAUUUCAUUUUAUUCUCAUUAAAAAAACAAAUUCAAUGGUGAAAACUAAUUUCUAAAUAGUAAGUAUCCUUUACUAUUAUACCUCUUGAAGAACAAGAUCUAAUUCAUUAGACUCACUAAAAAAAAAAGUGUAUAAUGCACGAGUCAGUUAUAAUCUGAAAUUGGGUAACGUUAUUUUUGACCAUUAUGUGACCUUUACGUUUGUGCAUUUUUAGUGUCAUUACUCGGUGUUGUAAAUUAUUUCAGUUUGUGUUUGUAGAGCCAGAAAUAGAUCCUGCGGGUUGCAGAAAUUUUGGUGAUUAUAUUUUAAAUUAAUUCAAUAAAUUUAUUGUCUUUGCUGUAGAAACUUUUUCUCUAUUUUUCUCACAGUAUUUUCUCUAAUAGAUUGUUCAAUGUUUAACGGUUUUUCUGCUAAGGAAGUUUUGCUCGAUUCGGUUGUUAACGGAUUUUGUUUUUGACGCAGAUAUAGCUUGUCGGGACAACUGGAUAUAUAUAUAUAUAGCUUUCUAAUUUAAUAUAGGCUUAAUGUAAUUAACAGAUUUAACUCUUAUCCUAAACAGAAGCUGUCUUUUCUUGAUAUGGAGCCACAAAAUCUUUUGUAUACAGAUAACCGUUAAGUUUGCAGUAUUGUAAGGUUCUUUAAAAACGUGUAAUCGAAAUAUAAACUAGGAAUACUGUAUAGAUUGUCCCUCAAAUAGUUCUAUAGUGAUUUAGAAACACUAUAGAAUAUUAUUUGUAGUUGACGUUGGCAGUUGUUUUGAAUGUAAAAACAUGAGGAAUUCAUGUUGAUGAGGUUGUGAUUCAUUGAUUGAUGAUAUUUAAUCAUGUUAAAAUUCUAUUGAUCUUUAUAAAGUUAAUUUUUCAUUAGCUGAUUGGAUGAUUAGGUCUUAAUAAGGUGCUACUGUUCUGCGUGUUUUUUACAUCAUAUCAAGAAUGUUAAGUCUGUUUCUAAUGGCUAGAAACGGCGUUUCAAUGAAACUUAAAAAAAAAAGUGUUAGUGAAGUAACUGUAAAUCAGGACUUUACAAAAUAUUAUACAUAACAUUUAAUAAUGGAUUAAAACUUAGGUACUCGAAGAAAAGUUUCUUAAUCUGUUACAACUUCUUGUAUCAUUUUGUAACUACGUCUAAUAUUGAACCAAUUAAUCUUGUAAGAAACGUACAUUUAGGCUGUCAAAUAAUCCUGUUUUUUUUUUUUAUAGUUAUACCUAAUAUCUUGUAGUUUUAAGUAGGAAAGAACUGAAUUUAUUGUUUGUCGUAUGGUUUGGGAAUUUUUUGCAAAUAUGCACAUACACUUGUCAAGUGUUUGUAAAUUUGUGUGAAGUAACACAAAGGGUAACGUACUCUAACCUUUAAUCUGUACAAUUUAAAACCCAAACUUUUUUUUUCCAGUUGUAAAUGGUACGUCAGAUUUUUUUACGGACAAUAUUUAAAUGGAUCUGUAUUUUAUCCACUACAAGGUAACGAUAUUCAAAGGAUUUGUUGAAGCGUAAACGAGUUGAGGAGACGGUUAUCCUCUGUGGCUGUCUGCUGCAUUUUUACCUCACUGUAUUUUGUUGUGUUCUCAUAUUGAUUCACUGUAAACAAAAUUUACGAAACAUUUACCGAAACUUUGAAACUGUCGUUCCGGACAUUUAAAAGUAGAACAAAGUGUUUUACAAUUAACUUCAUAUAAGGUGCAGAAAUAAGUUAAAGAAGUACAAGUUUCAAGAUAAUAUUCCUCUUAAUUAAAUACUUAGGUUUACGAUUAAAGCCUAACCAUAAAUUACUUAGUUUUGUUUCCAGUUGUUAAAAAAUGAUAAACCUAAUAUUCAUUUCGAAAGUUAUCAUUAGUUAUACUAUAUAGAUUAUGCUACCGUAUCUUAUACGAAUUUGUGUGUGUCCGUAACAUUUCCCUCAGUUGCGUAUAUUAGGUGGUUGCUUUAGCUUCGUGUCUGCUGAUUAGAAAGUUUUAUUUUGAGAAAUCAGUGUUUCUACCCUUCCAUUAAUAGAUGUUGGAAUUAACUUUAAACACAGUUACCAAGGUUUUAACAACAUAUUUAUGAAUGAUUUUAUGGCUACUAGUUUUCAUACAAAAAAAAUCAGUUUUAUUCUUUCGAUAUGAAACUUGCAAAUGCUUGAUUUUAAGGUGUUGUAUUAGUGUAAUAAAUAAUUUCAGUUAAUAAAAAAAAUAGUUAAACGUAUGAACAGAAA